UAGAACAAAGUAUGCAUUUUAUGCGCGUCGAGGCGCCAGUGGAAUGACUUUUCAGAUUCACGGGUGGGUUGGCCGAUUGGCUCUCAGACUUUUCUUUGAUUCAGCUGAAGUUCAUUAACGUUCACGUCGGGGACGUAGCGAACGUAACUAAACGUCCAGUCACGGGUGGUCAACUGGUCACGAAGACGAAGAUGACACGACGUUUAUAACAAUUUUUCGUAUCGUUUGUAAUUUAAUUAAUUUGACUCCGGCGUAAGAAGGAAGUGAGAAAUGCGUCGCCCGGUCGUGAAAAUUCACGAUGCGUCGGCGCGUCUUCGCGUGUUUUGAUAAGAGUCGAUUGACGAGAAUUACACGGGUAUGCCACGUUGUCGCGUUAUUUUCACGGCGACAACGACAGGUGUUAAAGCGCGAUACCGCGGCUUUGGUCGGCGUAUGAGGUCGGCGAUUGAGGAUCGUGGCGGAAGGAGAAGAAGAGCGACGACCCUCUUCUCUUGAGUCGCGUGCAUGUCGCGCCAGAUUUGGAGCAACGUUUCUUGAUCGCCGCACCGAGAUCUCUCAUCAUGACGCCGCGACUGACGCGGGAGAAGCACGUCAAGUAUUUUCAACGGUUGCUGCAGGUGAUGCCGAGCAGCUUGGCGGACUUCGACUCCACCAGGCCGAUGAUCGCGUACUUCGCGUUCUCCGGCCUGGACCUGCUCAACUCGCUGGACGAGAUCGGCGAGCGGUCCAAGUCCGAGGCGAUCGACUGGCUCUAUCGGCUCCAAGUCGAGGGCGCCGGCCCGCGCUCCGGCUUCCAGGCGUCGACAACGAUACCGAACGACAUACCCGGUUACCAGUGUGGCCAUUUGGCAAUGACCUACACCAGCCUGGUGACCCUCCUGAUCCUUGGCGACGACCUCGGCCGAGUGGAUAGACAGUCGAUUGUCGAGGGGGUCCGCGCCUGCCAGAAUCCGGACGGCUCCUUCACGGCGAUGGUCACGGGAUGCGAAAGCGACAUGAGAUUCCUAUAUUGCGCCUCCUGCGUGUCCGCGAUUCUGGACGACUGGUCGGGCGUAAAUAUCCCAAGUGCUGUCGACUAUAUUUUACGAAGCAUUUCAUACGACGGCGGUAUCGGGCAAGGACCAGGCCUUGAGUCUCAUGGUGGCUCUACGUUCUGUGCCGUGGCAAGUCUGUUCCUGAUGAGAGAGCAUGUUAAUGUAUUGGAUGUGUUGACAUGGGAUCGCCUGGCUCGGUUGAAGCGCUGGUGCCUUAUGAGACAGGAUGGUGGAUUUAAUGGCAGGCCUGGAAAACCGUCCGACACAUGUUACAGUUUCUGGGUCGGUGCUACGCUUGAGCUGUUGGAAUAUCUCCAUUUCUCAGACGCUGAACAAAAUAAGACGUUUAUUCUCAAUACGCAAGACACGCUCGUCGGUGGAUUGGCGAAGUUUGAUAACACCCGGCCUGAUCCCUUACACACAUAUUUAGGUCUGUGUGGCUUAAGUCUCUUGAGACAACCUGGUUUGUGUUCGAUAAACCCCGAACUUAAUAUUUCUCAACGAGCUUACGAGCAUCUACAACGGAUUCAUAAAAAGUGGCGGAAUGAAUAAUUUCGGCAUAAACAUUUGUAUAAACAUGGGACUAGUGAUCAUAUCAGAAACGCACAGUACUUAUAAUUUAGACACUUUUUAUAUUUGAUCGUAACUACGCAUUUCCUCGCGCAUUCUCUGCGCUAAAGUCCGCAUUCUAAAGAUGUCAAUUACUGCUACAAUAAUCAUGAUAUAGACAGUAUUUUGUUUUAUAUUAUUUGGAGCUGCUUGUUGAAAAGGCUUGUUAUAAAUAUGUAUAUUAUAAAAAUGUGUAAAGUAUAUGUAUUAAAGUAUAGAUAUCAUAUAGAUAACAUUGAUAGGAAAAGAAUAUUAAUAAAAACAAUUUAGCUUACUCUUUGCAA